AUGGUUCAGGGAAACACGGUUUCAGCCAUUGGACCUUUUAGUGGCUUAAAAGAGGUUCGAAAAGUAGUCCUAGAUACUAUGAAGAAUAUUCACCCAAUUUAUAAUAUUAAAACCUUAAUGAUUAAACGAGAGUUGGCAAAAGAUUCCAAAUUAAGAUUGCAAAGUUGGGAAAGAUUUUUGCCACAGUUCAAGCACAAAAAUGUGAACAAACGCAAGGAACCAAAGGAAAAAACUGUUAAGAAAGAGUAUACACCAUUCCCACCACCACAACCAGAAAGUCAGAUUGAUAAAGAAUUGGCUAGUGGUGAAUACUUUCUGAAGGCAAGUCAAAAGAAGUGA